CCCCCCCCCCCCCCACCGAUGGAGAGCAGUCAUAACAGCCUGUCUGAGGAAACGACAGGAGGAUAUAGUUGGAGCCGGACUGAGCCUUUAGCUUCUUAAGAUGCAGAUGUAGAAGAGUCCGCCUGACACACGUCGAGGUGCCUGAGACUUUCCAGCUUUGUGGCUGAUUCCAUAAGAAGAGGACAUCUCCACCUAAAUGUCAGCUGCUCCCCCUACACAACAAACUGAUGAAUGUUUCUCAGCGGCAGCCACACUUGUGCCAUCACUGGGAUCACCUAUUUCUCGGAAGUUCUGAGCGCCGGUUCUUGGACCGAUUGGGAUAGAACCACAUGGCUGCAGCGGCAACGUGACACCGGGAUAGCGUCCAACGCAACAUACAAUUCACAUGUCCCGCGCAGUUCAAUCCGCAUCGGGGCCUUGUGUGUUAGAUUACACUGAACUUGAAGUUUGUACACAUUUGCCAUAUCUAUAAUAGAAGAAUAAUAGCUCUGGGAUGAAUAACCUCCUGGGGUCAGAGCUGAAAACAUUUUAAUUCAUGCAUGGAACCUGGGUUCACACACAACAAGCUAAUAACUCAGACUCUGGAUGCAGCUGAUGGUGUUGCCUCCCCUUUGUGCAUUAAUGAGCCCGUGACCCCUGCACAAGUCAGAUAGUCGGUUAUCAGCCAACCCCAUGUUCUUAACAGAGAUCAAACAGCAGCUGAGUGCACGCCCAUAACCGCACCACGCCUGCGUUGUCGUGGCCGGCCGUCUCAUGACAGCCAUGACCCGGCUGAUGUUGGGCCGGACCCUGGAGCGCAUCUGUAAAGGCGUCCUGCUGCUCUGCUUGCUCCACUUCGUCAUCAUGAUGAUCCUGUACUUCGACGUCUACACGCAGCGGUUCGACCUCUUCAGCCGCUUCAACAACGGACGCAACGGGUCCAGGAAUAACGUCAGUGGAGCGGCGGGGAACGGGCAUCAUUUUUACUACUACAACCUCUCCAGGCCGAAUGCAACAUUAGCCAGCUACCUGGCGCCGAGUGUGCAGCCAGAGACCAAUCAGACGCCUUCCCCCAAGCCGCUGCCGCCGUGCCCUGAGAUCCCGCCUGGCCUCGUGGGCCGCCUGUUGAUUGAGUUCAGCUCCCAGAUGACGAUGGAGCGCGUGCAGAAAGAGAACCCCAACGUGACGGAGGGAGGCCGCUACACACCUCCCGACUGCCGGCCAAGAUGGAAGGUGGCCAUCAUCAUCCCGUUCCGUCACAGAGAAAACCACCUGAAGUACUGGCUCCACUACCUCCACCCCAUCCUCAGACGGCAGAGGAUCGACUACGGCAUCUACAUCAUCAACCAGUUGGGUGAGGAGACCUUCAACCGCGCCAAACUGCUGAACGUCGGCUACACGGAGGCGCUGAAGGACGCGGAGUACGACUGCUUCAUCUUCAGCGACGUGGACCUGAUCCCGAUGGACGACCGCAACCUCUACCACUGCUACGACCAGCCGCGACACUUUGCCAUUGCCAUGGACAAGUUUGGCUUCAGGCUGCCCUACGCAGGCUACUUCGGAGGAGUUUCAGGCCUCAGUAAAAAACAGUUCCUGAAGAUCAACGGCUUCCCCAACGAGUACUGGGGCUGGGGAGGGGAGGACGACGACAUUUACAACAGGAUCACUCUGAACGGGAUGAAGGUGUCCAGGCCGGACGUUCGCAUCGGCCGCUACAGAAUGAUUAAACACGAGAGAGACAAACACAACGAGCCCAACCCACAGAGAUUCAACAAGAUACAGAACACCAAGAACACGAUGAAGAAGGAUGGCAUCAGCUCGCUGACCUACAGGCUGGUUCAGGUCAAGAGGUAUCCUCUGUACACAAACAUCUCCGUGGAGAUCGGCAAGCCACCGCCUCGGCCUAUCAGGGGCUAGGGGGAGGGGCCGAGGGGGUGACGCACAUUUACCGAAGAUAAAAAAAAAAAAAAGAUGGAAAGAGGAGAGUUUAAAACGAGGGACUCAAAGAGAACACGCACCAUAUCUGGCAAGGUACUGGAGGAGUCGGAGAGUUGGGAGGAGAAGUAGUCACAAGCACACCACAGUCUCUUGCUCUCUCCGUCUUUUUUUGAGAUUUCAGCUCGACGUGUCUGUGUCCAGGACUCGGGCUCUUCCCUACGUUUUUGCAAGCAGCCAAUGGCGUCACACCUCCUACAUUUACUAGUCAGUGACUUCAGAGUUAGAGUGCGGACCAGGCCUCUUGUGAUCUGCCUCAGAAACUUUUUCGUAAAAAAAAAAUCUUUCGCCAACCGGAGGGCGUCCAGUGGCACGCCGACAGAGGACCCUGACAGGAACCGUUGUGGGGUGAUUAAAAAGAUGGGAGGGGGACUUUUCGACUCAUACUCUAUGGCAAGAUUUCACGGCAUAAUUCUGGAAAACGAUGGACGGCGUCCAGAGGGACUUCUCGGAAUAUAUUGAUAGAGGUGGCUAUAAACCAAUGACUGAGAAAACAGGGGCUGUUUACAUGGAUGAAGUGGUGGAUUCAAGGGGAUCAGGACAAGAAAAACAAACCUAGCAAGAGGCCAUCAAAGAUUUCACUUCCUUAGAAUUCACGGCGGCGGUCAGGAGAGCGAGGAAUGCCGUUGGAGGAGGGAUAGGCCGUAACAUUACAAUAAUCUGUUGAUAACACGGAACCGUAUCAGACGGCUCCGCAUAUCAGAGAUAUCGCCGGACGCUUACUCGACAUAUGACGCUAACAGACAAUUUUAAUGUUGACAUAUUUCAUCAGGGAGUCGCCUGUUUGGAUCUAACUACCCCCAUCAAACCCUCCGCCAUCAAUUAAUGAAUGUGUAUUGUGCCUGCGUCCACAGCAGAAGACUUCGAAAACAGACUCGCGCUGGGACACGCUGAUCGGACGUGUUCGUCAGCAGCAACAGAAACCGGAGAGAGCCCUCUUUUUGUUCUCUCUCUCUCUCUUUUUGUUUUUAAUAUGUAAACUCAAGUUUUGGAAACUGACUCUGACAAGCUGGAGGGUUUUUGCAACAAAAGUGAACACACGGAAGAUGCAGAGAGUUUUCUCCUCUGUGUGAACGCAACACGGUGGAAAUUCAUUGUGAAAUGAAUCCGAGGACCUGAAGACAACAGGGCAGAGAAAUAUAUACAUAUAUAUAUAUAUAUGUACGCUGACAGCUCAGUUAUGAUUUGAACCCCUUGUGGCACGUACUGGAGAUGAGGUUGGUUUUUUGUUUUUUUAACUCGACCAUUAAAAGGUAUCUUUUCUUUUUCUUACGAGAAGGCAUUCAUUUGAGGUACAUCGAUACUCCUUAUGGUACAAAUAUACUCAGUAGCAAUAUGCCUUUCUUUUACAAUAUGUUCUGAACACACGUGGGGUGCGAACAUCAGAAGUGAGCUGUCGGGGCCGAGGCGUGGCUCACGUUCUACAGGAAGAAAAAUCGUGGAGGCCACAGAAACUGACCCUCGUAGCUUUGACACUGGCCCCACGUGAGAUUCGCUGAGACGUGAUCAAUUUUCAAACUUUUUUUUCUGUUGUUCUUAGUCUUAAAACGAUAUCAAUUCUAUCACUAUAACAUUUUCUCUCCCUACCAAUUUUUUUCUUUUUCUAUUAAUCGUUGAGAAAAAAAGCGAGAGUUUCAUAUCUGGAAAGAGGAAAUUAUAAGGUCCUAGUCUUCCGCUGGUGGAAAUUGUGAAUUUUAAAGCAGUAAUUAGAAGUUUAUGGUUUGAGUAGUUUGACUGACAUCGCUAUUACGACUUCAGAUUUUAUCAUCGUCAGCCGUCAGCCGUCUGCCGUGUGUUAUUAUCUAUUCUAUCGCACUUUCAGAUUACAUAAGUGAUGAGUCAAACUUUUAGAGUUACACUUUUUCUACUUCAUUUUUAUUGAACUUUUUUUGUUUUUGUCUUGAUAGGAAUUUCCUAUAUUUUCCCGUGUGACAGAUUGAACGGGCGAAGCGUCGUUAACGAUCUCCUCCAUCGACACAUCGGCGCCUUUGACUGUUCCAUGCUUUGACUGCGUCGCUCGUGUCCCUCUGUUCCGUUUCUUUCCCCGUCUCUACUGUUGAUGCUCGUACUGUUGACGCCUAAACACCAAACUGAUGCCUUCAGAAGUUACACAAAGAGGCAUGGAAGGUUCUUUUUUUAUUCUCUUAGCUGUAAAAUCACUGCAAGAAAAUUGUGUGGUUGUUUUUGUUUUUUUAAGAUUGAUAAUGCCGAAAUGAACAUAGGUUUGUUUUGAUUUUGAAACAUUUGUGUGGGAAGUGUGAUUGAAUUUCUCUUCAGCAUUCACACACUCGUCCUUCUCUUUUUUCCCUGCAUUAUCUCCUCUUUCGUUGCGUUUCCUUUCUCCCCCUGUGGAUCCAGGCUCUGUGUGUCGAUGCCCACUCCAGACACAACCGCGUCUCUCUCGAGUGCUUCUUCUUUCAACAGAUAUCGAACAGGGCUCCUCUCUUUUGCGUCUCCGAGUCUGUGCCACUUACUGAAUCUUUAUUCUCUCUCUCUCCCGCUGUUCUCUCCCUCUGUUUCCUCCUUUAUCACCCCUCCCCUUUCUGUAUUUUGAUCCUUUGGUUGUCCGAGUGCAGUAAUCUCCUGGUGAGUUUCAGUGUCCUUGGUAGACAGACUACACAUGGCGAGGUCAGUACGAUCCCUCCUCUGUGCCGUUUACAGCUUACCUCUGUGCAAUAUCAUGGUUCUAUUCAUCUCCAUCCCAUAUUCUGCUUUUAAAUCAUCACUGUUUGUCAAGCGGGAUAUGAGGCGGUGAUAUUUCUUUCAUAUAUUUCUUGCCCAGUUGUUUUUUUUUGUUUAUAUAUAUAUAUUUCGUGUCCAAAUUGAUUCCUUCAUCUUUUGCCUCUGAUUCACCUGUUGAUUUGAAAACCUCACUGUGUGUAUACAACAGAUAGAGUCACACCUAUAUUGAAGGGACACUCCAGCGAUUCAUGUUUUAAUUCCAUAAAGUCGUGUGACGUGAGAGACAGAUUUUUAAAAACAUUCACGAUAUCCUGACUUUUAGUCGCUAGUACUGCUCAAGUUCCAAAAACACUGGAAACUACAUUUCCCUAAAUGAGGCUCUAUUCAAGUGCAAAGUGGGAGGAGCUUCUCUCUGCGGCUGUUCAUUUAAUUUGUUCCAUAAACAACGUUACAAACCUUGUACAGUUCGGAUCGCCAUGAAGCUCUCGUGAAUAAUGAUCGGCACAAAUGAUGACACAGAUACAGAUACACCUGUAUUAGAAAUUAUAAUUUUAUGACAUUUUGUAAUUAAAAGCCAUGUAGAAGCCAAUAAUGUAAUAAUUUAUAAUUUCCAAUACAAAUCUCUACUUACCUCCAUCAAAAAUUUAAUGAGUUCCCAAUAUCCGUGUCAAUGAUGUUAAAAAAGACAUUUUAUUACAUUAUUGGGAAGCUAUGACAUUAUCAGGUUUUAUGAAAAAAGUUGAGAUUUGUCUUACUUCAUGGUAUGUAUUACAUUAUCUGGAAAUUAUAACAUUGGGUUCUACAUGCCUGUUUGCAUUAAAAAAGAUGUUGGUGAGCGAGACACAUCGAAUCACCUGGCCUCCAUUAUUGUUACCUGAACUGCUAAUGGUGGAGUCUUCAAAUUACACUAUUGAGAAAACUGAUUUUAACACGUGCGGCUUGAAUGAAUGGACUUUUGGAUCCUGAGUAAGUUGUGGGUGAAUUAGAAAACAAUGGCACCAUAUUUUUUCCACAACAAAUCAUGUGGACUUUGCUCAGAUUGGCAGCUGGUGGCCAUGACAUAAACCUCUUGCGGGUAUCAUUAAAAGAAAUAUCUCAAAUUAAAAACCUUUAGCUCCUCCUACUUCACAACUCCUAAAUACCCACUUCUUUCAAUCCCCACACCUCCAGUUUAUAGCACAGGGUCUUUGUUACCAAAAGAAUGGAGUCUCGGAGAUGACCUUUUUGACAUUUUCAGGGUUUUUAGUCUUUGGAAUGUUUUGCCAGAAUCAUAGAGAACAUGCAUUUCUGAAAUCGGUGGCGUGUCCCUAAAGCUUCAUCAAGGGAGCUCUGGUUUAUCACUGGAAAACCUUCGUACAGUCAGUUACACAAAGAAAGUAUGAGCUAAGGAGUGAAAAGACGUAGCAGGACAGACAUGGCACCCCAGUGUGUAUAAACCGUAACAUGGGUUAUAGACGUAAGCAACAGAAACUUAAGUAAAAAUUGUAUUCGAAAUGUUUCCUGUACUUUUAAGAGUAAGAACAACCACGAGGAGCGCUUGGUCUUUUCUUGAUGGACGUUUGAUCUUUUGAAGCUGCUCCACUUGUCAAGCACGCCUCAGGUGUUCAAGUAUUGGAAACGCUUCUUCAGUUCUUUCUUCUUUUUUUUCUGCUCGUCUGCCGCAGACAGCAAACGGAACUUUCAGGCCUUUGGGCGUUUUUAAAAGAUUACUGAAUCUCUAGCUACGUUUUGUUUUGUUUUUUUUGUACAUUGAAUGUUGAAAAUGUUAUAUCUUAUAUAGAAUGCAUUACGUCAUAUCAAACCUACUUUUUCUAUACAAUCAAUAAAUCUGCUGUUGAAGAUUG